UAUUUUUUUGUUUGUUCAUUUGUUUUCUCCAGAGAUGAUACUCCUCAUGUCCCCAAUGAGCAGCUUGGAGAAAAACAGGUUCUGCACAUAAUUGAAAAUCUGACUUCUCUGAUAAAACAGAUAUUUCCAGAAACUAAAGUCUACGCUGUGAUGGGCAAUCAUGACUUCCACCCCAAGAAUCAGUUUCCAGGGGAGGAGCACAGGAUCUACAACCAAACAGCUGAACUGUGGCGCUCCUGGCUGAACGAUACUUCCAUUCCUCUGUUCAGAGCAGCUGCUUUCUACAGUGAGAAGCUGCCCAGCCCAAAUACAAGUGGGCGAAUGAUUGUCCUCAAUACCAAUCUGUACUAUGACCAGAAUAACCAGACGGCUGGUGAGGAAGAUCCUGGAGGGCAGUUCCGGUGGUUGGAAGAAACAUUGACCAACGCCUCAAAAGCAGAAGAAAUGGUUUACAUUGCUGGGCACAUCCCUCCUGGCUUCUUCGAGAAGAAAAGAAGCAAGCCCUGGUUCCGGAGUAACUUUAAUGAACGAUACCUGAAAAUAGUGCAGAGGCACCACAGAGUGAUUGCUGCCCAGUUUUUUGGACACCACCACACUGACAGCUUUCGGAUGUUUUACAGUGAUACAGGUUCUCCAAUCAAUGUCAUGUUCUUAGCCCCUGGAGUGACUCCUUGGAAAACAACGUUACCUGGAGUGGCCAAUGGAGCCAACAACCCUGGGAUCCGGGUGAUUGAUUACGAUCCAGACACCCUUCAAGUAAAGGAUAUGGUGACUUACUAUUUAAAUCUAACUCAUGCUAAUACGAUGUUCCCAAUGUGGGAGAAAGAGUAUAGGCUGACGGAAGCUUUCCAAGUCCCUGAUGGCUCUGCCCGGUCCAUGCACACAGUGCUGGAGAGGAUAUCAAAGGAUACGCAGUAUCUGCAGCAGUAUUAUGAGUUCAACUCUGUCAAAUAUGACCUUGCCCUGUGUGAGGAGGCCUGCCGCAUUGACCAUGUUUGUGCCAUCAGGGAAGUUGAUUUUGUACGAUACAAUGAGUGUAUUAAAGCCAGCAGCUCUGCCUCCACCAUCACCAGUGUUUUUCUUUUGCUGUUCUGCUUGCUGUUAGCAUUCCUCAGUCCCCAGCAAGCACUCUAAUGACUGAGAGAGAACAGAAGUGAAUGAAGAGAGGACAUGCUUCACAGCACAUUUGAAUCAGCAAUUGUGAAUACUAUUUUCUGGCAUUGAGAACUUACUCGGAAACCAAGACAAAAUUAGUGGCUCUUAGUAAAAGCUUUACAGUGCUGAUUUAAACACUGCUAGUAAAGCUUGAUGUAUUGGGAAAGGCCAGUGAUUGCCAUGAAGCUUUUUCAUGCCAGACUGACCUAUAUCAGGGAGUUUCCCUUCCUUCAACUGUGAGUUCUGAGAUGGUCUUACAGUUGAGCAGAUCAAGGCCAGGCUUCUGCCUAGAUUUUAACUUGACCUCCUAAUGUAUGAGAGCUGUGAGUUACCAUACGUUCUCAGGCAGUCUGCCUCCAGAUAUAUUUCUCACAGAAUGGCCAAGGUUGGAAGGGACCUCUGGAGAUCAUUUAGUCCAAUCCCCCUGCUCCAGCAGGCACAUUG